AUGUCUUGUUCUCUCCCUAACGAUAUCCUGCUGCUGGUCGGCGAGUUCCUGGAGGACCAUCAAGACCGCUACAACCUUCUUUUCGUUUGCAACCGGUUCUGUGGUUUAUUUCGCAGGCUGGUAUACCGGCACGCGGCCUUGAAGAACUGUGAUCAGAUCCGCGCUUUUUUGACGGCAAUCCUGCCACACCCCGAGCUGGCUCGGGCGGUCCGCUCUCUGGACUUUGAUCAAUGGCAGUUGAAACCUGCUACGAGCGUGCCCCAGGCGGGUGGUAGCAGGUGCAAAGACGACAUGGUUCUAUUCCGUGACUGGGCGCGCGAAAUCAGCCAGUCGGAAGAGGAAUAUGUUCGGUGGGAGCAGGAUCUCCUGCACGAUGUAGAAGAGGCCUGGAUCGCCCUUCUCCUGCCGCUGGUGCGCAAUGUGAAGCGGUUGCGUCUCGUCUACCCGAAGCAGAAUGUAUACUUGGACCGCACGAUGCAGCGAGCUGUGCGCGGCGAAAAGCCCUUCCAUUUGCAACCUGCCUUGCGGUCUCUCCAGGAAGUAUCCCUGGGCCACCUCGAGCGCGAGGACGACGAUGCCCAGGGGACCUUCGUCCCGUCCCAGAUAGCUCCGUUCUUCCAAUUUCCAUCCCUGCGCGUUAUCACUGCCGAAUCGGUCAUCGAAUCGGCCUCCACGCAAGAGGACGAGGAUCAGUCCCCGAUGGACGCUGGCCCGCUCUCGGGGAUCUCGGAAAUCGUGCUCAACUCCAGCAGCGGUGCCAACGGCAUGAACGGCUUGCUUGCUGCCUGCGCCUCCCUCACAACCUUCAAGUACCAGCACUCAGACGCUCAGCUUCUCUCCGAGGGCUACCGGCCCUCUGCGUUUUGCCGCUCUCUGGCCCGCAGCAGACACAGACACACCCUGCGCACCCUCUGGCUCGACACCUGCGGCCACCAUCUCCCAUUCACCAUCGCCGGCGCCAACAUGACCCAUGACGAGUGGUUCGGCUCGCUGGCCGAUUUCCCCGCGCUGCAGAAUCUUCGCAUCCGCCUGCCCAACCUCGUCGAUAUCCGCUACCAGGCCGAGCCGUCCGUUCCGCUGACGGAGAUCCUGCCUGCGGGGUUGGAGUCGCUGUAUGUUGAGGGCUGCAAGGAGACUGCGCUGGGGAUGCUGGUCGCGCAGCUGAAACUGGUGCUGGGAAAACGCGGCUCGCGGUUCCGCGGUCUGAAGCGGCUCGAGAUCGAAGGGCUGUUCCAUGACGAGGAGGACUCUGAGGAUUCUUCCGGGUCGGGGGGGUCGGCGCCGGCGGGGAACGAGACACUGACACUGACAGACUCGGUCAUCCGGCCGCGGGUCUAUGGGAUGGUGGAACCGUUGCGCACGGCCUGUGCAGAGGCCGGGGUGGAGCUGUUUGUACGGGACCGUGCUUGCUUGCAGACCAUGACGUGA